UGAGUCAAGCUACUACCGGCAAUUGUCCUCCUUUCCUUGCAAAUUGGAUGCUUAUGGGCUCCUCAACAUGAUCCCAAAUAAAUUUUCUAAUAAGCUCAUUCUUGCAGGUGAAGGUGAAUUCCAUGUCGUGGAGGUUGAAACAGGAAAGGAAGACAAGAAUGAGGAAGGGCAAAAGCAACAGGAGUCUCCUUGUGCAAAACCCGUUCAAGCUUCUUCUUCAUCAAUUAUGGCUGUUGUGGUCAAUGAACCAGCAGCGGUAUCAAAAAAGGCAACGGAAGAGGUUGAACACACUGUCAAGGCGUUAGUCAAUGUCAAGCUGCAGCUUGAAGAGAAAAUCAAGGAAGUGGUAGGAAUGGUUGAGCAGAACAGCAAAAAAGCAGUUGAGGCAGUGAUGGUACAGCAUCGGACAAAGGAGAGAAUCCAAGCCGAGAGAGUGCAGGAACUGGAGAAAGAGAUGCAAAGAAUGCAAAAGACAGUUGGAGAGUCCAAACAGAGGAUUGAGGAGGUGGAGAGACAAGCAGAGGGAGUGCAACGGAUGGAGGAAGAGACGAAAACAAUGAGAGGAAUAAUUGAGCAGUCCACACCGAGGAUUCAGGAGGUGGAGAGACAAGCGCAAAGGCUCCAGCAGCUGGAGAAACAGAUGCAAACAAUGACAGAGAGAUUUGAAAUGUCCAAACUGAGGAUUCAAGAGGUAGAGAGAACACUGGCUGGUGAGAUGAGUGGGAGGAAGGCAGACGAAAAAUGCAGAGCACGUUUAGCUGAAAGGACCUGCGAGCUAGAAAACAAAUACGCAGAAGAGGUAGCCAAAUGUGGAAGGGCGGAGGCCGCAUCUCUAACACUCGCGUCUAAUGUUUGCACUGCGGACCCUCAUGUGUUAAAGGAGUACGCCUUCAAGGAACUCCAAGAUCCAACUAAUAAUUUUGACGUGAAGCGGAAGUUUGGAGGCGGGAAACUGUUUGAAAAUACUUACCUUGGGACACUACGAGAUGGUAGUCUUGUUACGGUGAGAAGUUGAGAGAUGCAGAGGCACAGCUCGAGACAGAGCUUGUGGACAGGGUAAGAACACUCUGCCAUCCCCAUCUUCUGACCUUGUUGGAAGUCUGUUACGAAGGGAGCUGCCUGGUUUACGAGCACAUGGAGCGCGGGAGCUUGAAGGACUGGAUCUCACAUCAUGAUGAAGAAAAUGCAGCAAGAGGGUUCCUGACAUGGUAUGCUCGCUUUCGCGUAAUGGCUGAGGUUGCCCGGGCACUGUGCUUCCUGCACUCAGUUGCAUCUGCAUCGGGUGGUCCCAUCAUACAUUGGGCGAUUAAGCCAGCAAGCAUUUUUCUGUCGGACAGCUUUGUGGCAAAGAUCUGCGGUGUUGAUGAGGCGAUUCUUGACACAGUCUUCUGGAGAGUUUGGGAAGAGGGGGACUCCGUUAAUUGUAUCCACAGACAACGACUCACACUACAUUGCGCCAGAGUAUUUGCAUCAAGGAUUUCUUUGUGAGAAGAUGGGCAUCUAUGCAUUUGGCAUCACCAUCCUGGGGAUGCUUACUGGAAAUCUCUCAAAUGCGUUUGAAAUUAUUGAAGACACAAUUGAGUAUGACACAGCUUUCAAGAACGCUCUGAACACCAAUGCAGGCUGUUGGGAUGUUCACCUGGCUCAGGAAGUCGCAAAGUUGGGGUUGCGGUGCGCUAGUUUCAACAGAUGCAGACGACCAAACAUGAUGGAACCAGAUGCAGGUGGCAUUCUGGCAAUACUUGAGGGAGUUGCAAGGAAGGUUGACCUUGCACAGACUGCAGAAGACGGAUAGAAAAAAUCUGCAGCCACAUGGUCAAUCAGCCACAUUACGGUGGGAGUGUGCACGGGCAGCACGGAACAGGCAGAGGAGGUCAGCCUGAAGUGCAUCAGUUGAAAUCAAACUGGGAGCUAGAUGUUGCUGAUGUCGUGUGUUACCUUCGUUGGUGAGAGAGACGUGGCCAUCGAGCAAGCAACAGAAUGAAGCGUCUGUCGCUUCGCGAACUUACUUGUAAGCGAUUAUAGAGGGGAACAGGGUAAAGAAAAAUUAAGGCAAGUACAGGCAUGUGUGGUAGGAUUAUUCUUUUCCAGAACCCAGGGGCUUAAGGCGUAUUGUAGCAUAGCCACACACAAAAAGCCUCUCAUAAUAUGUUUGAAAUUCCCUUCCUGCUGUUUGAAAUCACAGCUUGAUGUCCGUUGAGAUUGAUAAGCACAAAUAAAAAUGCCGAUGUGGUCUGAUCUGUGGUGAGCGGGGUUCUUGUUUCCAGCUUACUUGAGCAUGAUGGGUUCAAAAUUUCAAAUGACAAUUAAGGAUUUGUAUUUCUUACCAGCCUCUGUAACGGUUCGCUCGCUCUCACUCGAUCAUUAAGUAUGGGGUCGGAAUUAUAGUCAUAUUGCUUGAGCAGCAAUAAUUCUGAUUAGUGUCACAAGGGAAUGAUGUAGUAUACCGGGAGCAGGUACUGAGGGCUCUGAUCACAAAGUGAAGCUUAUACUGAUCACAGAAGAAUUGCUCUGGCUGCGUUGCACCACCGUCUUUUUGUAAGGCAAUGAGCUGUUUUUUUCUUCGCUUCGCAAAAUUUAUGUGGAACAGUUUUUAUACAUGCGUGUCAUGAUUGCACUGUCAUGCUUGCCCAAGGGCUGUGCUAUUCCGUAUUGCUCCAACUUCCAAG